UUAUUCCAGCCGUGUGAAAUGUUCCGCGUGUUCUGACACUUGUAUUUCACCAAAAUAAACACCAAUCCGAUCGUAAAAUUGAUCAACAUGAAUCGAAGAUCCUAUUAUUCAUAAUUCUACUGAUAAUCCUGCCCUCAAGGCCCUCCAAAGCCCCUCAAAUUGUGAUAAACAGCCACUAAUCACCCAAAAAUAAUUCGACUUCCUGAUGUUUUGAUCUUUGUUGUGACUAUUCUGAACAUUAUAAACAGGAAGAACAAAUUACAAGAGAUGGAACCACCGAAGAAGAAGGCAAAAACUCUGGGAUUAUUUGAGAAGUUCAUCGAGAAUCGUAGAAAGACUGCUGAUUCGAUAAUGGAUUUUCCGAUGAAUAAAAAACGAAUAAGGGUUUUGUCGAAUGCUAAGGAAGUUGUGAAGAAUUCUAAAGGAAUCUUGUAUUGGAUGUUCAGGGAUCCAAGAGUUCAAGACAACUGGGCUCUCCUCUACGCACAAAAGCUGGCCUUGAAAAAUCGCCUCCCCCUGCACGUCUGCUACUGCAUCUUACCAAAAUUCCUGGACGCCACGUUGCGUCAUUACAAAUUCCUCGUUGAGUCCUUGGAGGAGGUCUCCAACGAUUGCAAGGAGUUGAAUAUCAAUUUCCAUCUCCUCCUGGGAGAGCCCAACUCAGUCGUCCUGGAUUUUGUUAAGAAGUACAAUAUAGGAGCUCUUGUCAUUGAUUUCUUUCCACUGAGACUGCCCAGGUUUUGGGUGGAGGAUAUUGGAAAGAAAUUACCUGAGGAUGUUCCACUCUGUCAGGUUGAUGCCCACAAUAUCGUCCCCUGCUGGCAGGCCUCCGACAAACUAGAGUACGCAGCUCGCACAAUCAGAUCCAAAAUAAACUCGAAACUACCAGAGUACCUGACAGAGUUCCCCCCAGUGAUAAAGCACCCCCACGACAGUGACUUCGAGUUCCCAAAGAUUGAUUGGAAAAAUAGUCUGAAUGAGGUUCUAAUCGAUAAGACAGUGGAUAAGGUGGAGUGGUGCAAGCCUGGGUACCGAGGAGCUGUGGGACAGCUCGAGACUUUCAUAACCGAACGUCUGAAGAACUACAACGAGAAGAGAAAUGAUCCUGUGCAGGACGCCACCAGUGGACUCUCCCCUUGGUUCCACUUUGGACAGAUUUCUGUGGCUAGAGUUAUUUUGGAGGUUCAAGAGUACCAGAAGAACUACCAGGCCUCAGUCAAUUCGUUCAUAGAGGAGGCCGUUGUUAGGAGGGAAUUGAGCGAGAAUUUCUGCUUCUACAAUGAGAAUUAUGAUAAGAUCGAGGGAGCCAAUGCCUGGGCCAUUCAAUCGCUCAAUGCACAUAGGAAAGAUAAAAGGGAGUGGGUUUAUACACUAGAGGAAUUCGAGAAGUCACAGACGCACGAGGACUUGUGGAAUGCAGCCCAGAAUCAGCUGGUGAGGGAUGGAAAAAUUCAUGGAUUCAUGAGGAUGUAUUGGGCGAAGAAAAUUCUGGAAUGGAGUCCAACGCCAGAGGAUGCUCUCGCCUGGUCAAUCUACCUCAACGACAAGUACAGCAUGGAUGGCAGGGAUCCUAACGGUUACGUUGGAUGCAUGUGGUCAAUUUGUGGAAUCCACGAUCAGGGAUGGAGGGAACGUGAGGUAUUCGGAAAGAUUCGUUACAUGAACUACAAAGGGUGUGAGAGGAAAUUCGACGUGAAAGCUUACGUGAAGAAAUUCGACGGGAAAAUCGUGAACAAGAAGAAGAAGGAGACAGCCGAGAAACUCCCCAAGAAAUCGAAGAAAUAGCUCACAAAAUAUUUUACUCCACUUCAUUCACAACUUGUUCUCUCUAAACACGGUGUAGUAAUGGCGCUUGUUACUUAUUGCAAAAUCAAAAAUAAAAAAGCACUUUAUUUUCGUUAA